CCCCGCCCCACCGGCUCCGUUACCGCAGCAGCGGCCGCCGCGGUGGUUCGAUCAUGUGACGCCUGCGCUCCCGACACAACAACACGGCACCGGGUCGGUCUGCAAUCUCGCUCCAGGCAUGGCGGACGGAGAGAGGUCCCCGUUACUCUCAGACCUGGGAGAUGGGGCUCUCGGCAGCGGCAACGGCGGGGUCUCGCCCGGCCCGGCGCCCUACGGCGUGCCCAACAAACCGGAGGGCCUCCCCCCGUUCCCCAGCCCCUCCCAGCCCUCGGUGCUUCUGGGAGAGGACCCCCCGCCCUACUCGCCCCUCACCUCCCCAGAGAGUGGCAGUGCCCCUGUGAUCAGCUGCAGGGUGUGCCAGAGCCUCAUCUCUGUGGAGGGCAAGAUCCACCAGCACGUGGUGAAGUGCGGGGUUUGCAACGAAGCCACGCCCAUUAAGAACGCCCCAGCAGGGAAGAAGUACGUUCGCUGCCCCUGCAACUGUCUCCUCAUCUGCAAAGUCACUUCUCAGCGGAUUGCCUGUCCCCGACCAUAUUGUAAGAGGAUAAUAAAUCUGGGCCCAGUCCACCCUGGUCCGGCCAGUCCCGACCCCCAGCCCGCCGGGGCCAGAGUCUCCUGUGGACACUGCAGCAACACCUUCCUGUGGACAGAGUUCACGGAUCGGACGCUGGCCCGGUGCCCACACUGCAGGAAAGUCUCCUCCAUUGGCCAGAGGUAUCCUCGGAGGCGGAGCUUGUGGUGUUUUCUACUCUGCCUAUUGUUCAGCAUCUCCACGGCCGGGCUGAUGGCUGGAACGUGGGGGAAGGCUCAGACCUACCCGGGGAUCUACGCCUCCUGGGCCGCCAUGCUGCUCCUGGUUCUGGUCACCUUGGCCAGGGCCUUCUACUGGGCCUGCAUGAGGGUCAGCCAGCCUCUCCAGAACUUCACAUAGAAGCCCCGCCCCCCCCCAGCCCCUCGCCGUCAUCUCGCCACUCCUAUCCUCCCAGCCCGCCAGGCAGGAGGAAGGCUGGCAUUAGCGAGAAAAGAAGCGAAUCAAAACUAAAUACAAUAUUUAUUUGAAUCCAGCUCCUUGAAGAAGACCCCCCCCCCCCCCUCUGCUUUCCCCCCCCUUCCCUCAAACUGGAUGGGGGCGGCGACUGCUAUAUAUUCUGAAGAGGCGUAUAAACUAAUGUACUGUCGACCUAUUCUAACAUUGUGGCCAGUGUGGGGUUCCUUUUAACGUUUUUAACUCCUUUCCCUCCGUCGCCGUGCCGUUGGGGCUUCUGAGACGAGCUCUUUUAUGUCCCUCUUUUAGGACUCGCUCAGUUUCCAGUCCUGAUUUGACGUUAGGGUAAAGUUGUUUUUGUUUUUGUUUCGUUUUUUAAACCGAGCAGCAAAACUCAAACGAACCGAACAAAUUGGUGCCAGUAGGAGAUGAUUGGCGGGGGGGGGACGUCAGUCUGCUUUCGCUCAUCAAAAAGAUCUCGCAGGUGUUGAGACGCGUCGGGGUGAAUUUAAUUCGAUAGUAUAUGAAGGUAGGCUAAGAUGUCUCUGAGCUGGAUGUUUGUGCUGAAUUAUCCCCUGGGACUGACUUUGAUCCAAAGCAGCUUGAAAGCCUUAAAAGGAGGUGUGAUUGAAGGAUAUUG